AGCUGCCCCGUGGCUACGUGCUGGAAACAUAUUGAGAAACUACUUGAAUGUUACGCCGGGACAUUCUGUAAACUUUAUACUCCUUUCUGUUCUACAACGUUUCCUGACUUCUGCUGGGUUACUUAACAUAGUUCUGUGCUGGAGUCACAAGACAAAGUGGCAUAUGAAAUGGCAGAGAAUGGCACUGAUUGUGAACAGAGGCGCGUUGGCAUGCCUAAAGAACAAAACAACGGAAGCUUUCAAGACCCCUCCUUUAUGUGUAACAGGAAGAGAAGGGACAGAGAAGAAAGACAAAGUAUUGUUCUCUGGAGAAAACCACUAAUUACCUUACAGUAUUUUAUCCUGGAAGUCCUAAUAAAUUUGAAGGAAUGGAGUGUAAGAUUAUGGCACCGUCGGAUGAUGGUGGUGUCUGUUUUGUUGCUGCUUGCAGUUCUUUCAGUAGCGUAUUAUAUAGAAGGAGAACAUCAACAGUGUGUGCAGUAUAUUGAGAAAAAAUGUUUAUGGUGUGCCUACUGGGUAGGCUUAGGAAUACUGUCCUCAGUUGGACUUGGAACAGGUCUUCAUACCUUUCUACUUUAUUUGGGCCCACAUAUCGCCUCUGUGACCAUUGCUGCUUAUGAAUGUAACUCUGUAAAUUUCCCAGAACCACCUUAUCCUGAUGAAAUUAUGUGUCCAGAUGAAGAAGGUACAGAAGGAGCCAUUUCCCUUUGGACAAUAAUAUCAAAAGUGAGGCUGGAGGCAUGUAUGUGGGGAGCGGGCACAGCCAUUGGAGAAUUGCCUCCAUAUUUUAUGGCCAGAGCUGCUCGACUUUCCGGAGUAGAAACAGAUGAUGAAGAAUAUGCAGAAUUUGAAGAGAUGCUUGAACAUGCUCAGACUGCACAGGACUUUGCAACACGCGCAAAAUUAACUGUUCAAAAUCUAGUACAGAAAGUUGGAUUUUUGGGGAUCUUGGCUUGUGCUUCCAUUCCCAACCCACUGUUUGAUCUGGCAGGGAUUACAUGUGGGCACUUUCUUGUUCCUUUCUGGACUUUCUUUGGCGCCACACUGAUAGGCAAAGCUAUCAUAAAAAUGCACAUCCAGAAGCUCUUUGUUAUCAUAACGUUCAGCAAGCACAUUGUGGAGCAGAUGGUGUCCCUAAUCGGGGUUAUUCCAAGCAUCGGUCCGUCCCUACAGAAACCCUUCCAGGAAUAUCUGGAAGCUCAGAGGAAAAAACUGCAUCAUAAAGGAGACAGCGGAACACCCCAGAGUGAAAACUGGCUAUCGUGGGCGUUCGAGAAGCUGGUGAUCAUUAUGGUUUUCUAUUUCAUUCUGUCCAUCAUCAACUCCAUGGCACAGAGUUAUGCCAAACGGGUUCAGCAGAAAAAGUUGUCUGUAGAGAAGACUAAGUAAAGGGAUUACACCCUGGGAAUUGGGAAGGAAAGGGGGGGGGGGUGAAUGGUGAUAAAAGACGAUGCUUCUAAAUGGAACUUCAACUGACAUGAUUAACCGUUAAAUUCAAAGUAACAAAUCUGGAGCGCAUUUACUUGUUCCAAAUUAUUAUUUUCUAUUUUUUUUACAAUAUAAAAAAAUAACACAUUUAUUAUGCGAGUUCAGAGAAGUCUAUGUGGAAAUGUGAGACGCCAUUUUCAUGAGCUUUUUUUUUUUUUUUUCUUAUGACACGUUCCUGUUUUUUUUUCUCUAACCUUUCAAAUUCUCUCUUAAAGCUUUCUGAGUGGCAGAAAGGUUUGCAAACCUUUUUUUUUUUUUUGCACACACAUUAGAUAUAUAAUGAUGAAGUUGGACAAUGCAGAGCACUGGUCUCUAGCCCCCUUCAGAUUUUAAAGAAACAGGUGCUGAAAAAUGAACUUUAAUGUACUAUUGCCAUUGCAGAUAUUUUCUGUCUUAUUGGAACUGGAUGUGCUCCUUUCAUGUCUGUAACUUUAUUCUGGAGGGCUACAUUGGUGGAUUGCUGUGCAGUCUCUUGUACCUCCAUCCAGAUCUCUUAAUAUGUUUAUAAUGUUUGUGGAACUUCAGAAACAAAGACUAAUUACUUUUCCCAGUGUCUGAAGUAUCAGUUUUCUGGCGUAUACAUGUACAUGGAUAUAACCACAGGCUUUAAACUGGGUGAUUUCAAUGCCCGCAGCUUUGACCUGACACAAGGCAAACACCAUGCAGGUAUAUUUGUAUGUGACGAGCCAUCAGUUGUAGUCACCCUAUGUGAAAUACAGCAGAUUUGGCAAGCACUGGUGCAUAUUGGGUUAUUCUAGGUUACUUUCUCUCUUGUAAGGAGAUGCCAGCAGUGGAAGGGAAUAGUAAUCAGUGCUGUCACUUCUUUUCACUGAAACCAUUGCACAAAAUUGGUACCUGUCCAAUUCUGUAAAAAUGACAUUGUUUUUCUUUUUUUUUUUUUCUAAAUUCUGUACAUAUAGAAUGGAAAGCUGAAAGUGAACUUUAUAAAAACCACCUUUGAUCAUUCCAGAACUUCUUGUGUCAAUUCUUCUUUGUACAUGUACCACUCCUCUAUGCCGCGUUUUAUAUUUCCAUUGCAUUGAUCCCGCUGCCUCCACUCCCUUCAGAGUUACGUUUGUUGCGUGCAUGUUAAUCCUCCCUGCAGAAAACCCCUUUGUCUGGGAUUUCUCAAUCAUUUUGUCUUGCAAAAGCAGGAAGCAGGAAGUGUGUGCUGAGCUCUGGCUCUGCCUUCAGUAUUGACCUAAUGAUUCAGCUGCCUUCCUAGAAAACUUAUUCAUGGCUCCAUUUGCUCUCUUGCCAAAGCUGAGUCAUUGGGAGUCACAUUAACGCUUAAGGACCCAUUUUGUCUUUUAGAUUAUUUGUUCUACCCAACUGGGAAUUUCCAGGAGCUGUGCCUGAACCCUGUCUGCCCAGUUUGUAUUUUCACUGAUGUGAGCAAUGUGUGCUGCUGGCUAUCCAUAAUUAGGAAACCAGAGACUAUAUUUGCAUUGUUUUAUAUGCAAUUUAAUAUUUGACCUAUUGUUUUCCCCCAAAGCUAGAUUUGAGGCUCAGGUGGCAUACAUUGUACAUUAGACUGUUUUAGGGGCAACACCUCUAUGGUGUGUUUAGUUGAGCUUCUGAUUCUAAUUGUUGUAAUCAUUGGAACUUGGCUCUUUAACAUUGCAGCUUUCAGUAUGUGAUGGCAUCUCUCAGCUAAGCCUGCAUGUGUUUAGUACAAAGGGCUGAGCUAUAGAAUGUGCUAGUACUCUAUACAUGUCUAAAACACAAGUUCUAUCUAAAGGUCCCUGCUACACAAGUAAGUGUUUAAGUCAAUGGCUGUAUCCUCCUUUUUUUUUUUUUUUGAGUACAAACAUGCCAAGUGAGUGAGUCAGCAGCUGAUGACGCAGAUGGGACCGUUUUACAAUUGGAUUUCUGCAGAAAAGGUACUCGGGCAUUAUCAUAAACAAAUAACAUGAAAUACUCUGUUUAAAACUUCACUUAAAGGGGAAGGUCACUGUACACUGAAUUUACUUUUUUUUAAUUUAUUUUUUUGUUUCACAGCUUUCAGGUUUAGAAUUUAAACUGCUAAUUGGAUGCUAAGAUCUGUUUAUCUUAGCAGAGUAAAAGAUGAAUAGGAUCAGUAUAACAAAACUAAAGUCUCACAGUGAGGCUGUUUUUUUUUUUUUUAGUUAGGCUAAAUGACCUAAGCAACUAGAUGGAAUUUACAGGCUUGAAAGAAACAAAUAGGAUGGCUAACCAGUAAAAAACAUAAACAUUUCAAAUGAACAAGGUAAACUUAACCUUAUUUUAAUUAAAUAUUUCCAUUCUGUUUGCUGUGUGCUUUUCAAUGUUCAGCUUGGCACAAGUGUUUAAAUGCUUUUGAUUUAAAGACGAAUAAGAAACCGUGCAUGCUACAAUCCAGUCAUUCCCAUCACCUGCUUUUUACCUUGCCCAUGCCGUCGUGACAUCUCCAUGGCUGUACCAUCCUGUCGGAUAGCUUAUCAGACUGAUGUUGACUGUUGGAUGUCAUGGCAACAACAGUCGGUAGGCUGUCUGACAUUUUGGUGUCUUUCACGUGACCAACUGUUUUCAUCAUUCACUUCUGUUUCUUUGGUUUGUUGCAGUGACUUCAAUUGUCUGUGUUUAUUAUUUCCAGUACAGGUUUCCAAUGUAAUAAAGUUCUUCACGUAAAGCAUUUAUAAUUUUAAAGGUAUACGGCCAUCAAAAUAAAAACAUUUUGUUUGUAUAAAAUAGUCCAAAUUUGAGGAAACCAUAAUUUUCUGGUGUACUGCCUUUCUUCAUGGUUGGGUGAAAGCAUAAUCUCAAGAAACCUCUAUUUUUCAUUCAUUUACAGUGGUGCAUCCCGGAGAGAACUUAAGGGGUAGUUCACAUUUAACUUUUAGUAUGAUGCCGUGAUAUUCAUUAGUUAGACACAUACAGUCCUAAGAAAUAGCCAUACAUUGGCACACAAAAAUUCUGUUGAGUAGCUUCAUUGUAUAUUCUCAUCUACUUUAAUUUUUCUACUUGUCGUUUGCAUUUACUAUAAAGCUCUGUGUGAGCUUCCCUGUCCAGGGGAGCAGGUUUUACCCAGCAUGAUGUGUUACUGUGAUACAAGAUUAGAUAAGCCUGCUUAUAUGUUUUGUACUGACACGGCCAAUUAGUUUUUUAGAACAAGGUAUAAAUACCUUCAGCAAGUCUGCAGCACACAACAUGGUCAAUCAUUAAUGGCUUCACGUUUCCAUUGCUAAAUUGAUUUUUGUGUCUCUUCUCCUGAAUUCCAGUACAUAGAACUUUUAUAUGCCCCCUAAGUGUUCUUAUUCACUCAUCUAUAUGUUUUGAAGGGAAACAUGUACAGAUAAAACGAUUAUUUUUCUCAAAUAAAUGUACAGCUGGGAAAAUA